AUGGCAUCCACAUCACCCGUAGCGUCGACGUCGACAUCGAUCGCCAGCUCUCCCUCUCUCCGUGCCUCCAGCCCAGCAUCGUCCGUUUCGGCCGGAUCUGAGGCGAUCGCCCCCUUCGACGUCUCGACGAUCGAUGUCGUCAACGCGUCCCUCUCCGCCGCCACGCCGCAGGAGAUUCUCGCGUGGGCGAUCGCUCAUUUGCCGAACCUCUGGCAAACGACCGCCUUUGGUCUGACCGGUCUGGCGGCGACGGACAUGAUUGCCAAGAUCACAAAACGUCAAAAGGCGAGCCAACACCUCGUUCCCAUGAUCUUCAUCGACACGCUGUACCAUUUUGAAGAGACGCUCGCGCUCGCGGACAAGGUCGAGCGCAAGUACAAGCUUAAGAUGUCGGUCUUCCGACCACCCGGAGUCGAGACGACGGCCGAGUUCGAGGAGAAGUACGGUCAGGAAUUGUGGAAGACCGAUGAGGAUACAUACGAUUACUUGGUCAAGGUGAGCUUUGCACGACCAAGGGGUCAUGCUCGCGUGGCGAGCACCCUGCACUGGCGAACCGAAGAAUUAUCAAGCUGACACUUUGUGUCCGCAUCCCGCAUUGUCCCACAAUAGGUCGAACCUGCACGAAGAGCAUACGAGGAAUUGGGUGUCAAGGCUGUCAUUACCGGUCGACGACGAUCCCAAGGUGCGGACCGAGCGACAUUGCAACCGCUUGAAGUCGAUUCGACCGGCUUGAUCAAGGUCAACCCCUUGUGCCGAUGGGGCUUCAGCGAGGUCAAGGACUAUAUCGACAUGGCCGGCGUUCCUUACAACCCUCUGCUCGACCAGGGCUACAAGUCGGUUGGCGACUGGCAUUCGACCAAGAUUCCCAUUGAUGGCGAGGGAGAGCGUGCCGGUCGAUGGUCGGGCAACACCCAAAAAACGGAGUGCGGGUUGCACAAGGACUACUUCAAGAUGUGAGCUCAUUCUGAGCCUUUUAUUGCAAUUAGUGCAAGAUCUAGAUGCUGACAUUUUUAUUUUUUUUGAUCUUUGGGACGCACCACAGGAAGAAGGCCUAUGAGAAAAAGCGACGAGAAGCCGAGCUGGCAUCCCAGGACAAGGCCCGUGGAGAGGACGUUGUUGGCGAGACGUCGGUACAAAUGGAUCUCUUGGCUCUUAACUAG